UCACAUAGUGAUCGAAAAUGGCAAAUCUUCCAUUGCUAUUCACUUGUUUAUUCCUAACCGUGUUUAUUUUCACGACUGUUUCCGGCUAUUCUCCAGCUGAGAUAAAAUCUUGGUGUAGCCAGACCCCGUACCCGCAACCAUGCGAGUAUUACCUGUCUCGGGGCCGCAACAAUGGCGGACAGAUUAAGGAUAAAACGGAUUUCCUUAAUGUUGCCAUGGAAGUGGCGCUUGAGCAUGCCAUGCAUGAGAAAGCUAACACGUACUCGUUAGGCACGAAGUGCCGUAACGAGCAAGAAAAGGCUGCAUGGGAGGAUUGUUUGGAGCUGUACGAGAAUAUGGUUGUGAAAAUCAACGUUACAGUUGAUCCCAAUAUUAAGUGCUCGGCUGCGGACGCGCAGACAUGGCUCAGCACGGCCCUGACCAACAUGGAGACAUGUUGGGCCGGGUUUGUAGACGUUGGCAUCACGGGCAACAUCAUGCCCAUGAUGUCACGCAACGUGUCGUAUUUGAUCAGCAACACUUUAGCCAUUAACAAAGGUUACACGGGCAACAACAAUGAGCCCACUGGCUACACGGAUGGUUUCCCCGCUUGGACUAAGCCCGGUGACCGGAAACUCUUGCAGUCGUCGGCUGCUUCUAAGGCGGAUGUUGUGGUGGCGCAAGAUGGGUCCGGGGACUAUAAGACCGUGACGGAAGCUGUGAAUGCGGCGGGGAAGAGAAGUGGGAGUGGGAGAUAUGUGAUAUAUGUGAAGGCAGGAGUGUACAAGGAAAAUGUGAAUAUUGGUAGCAAAUUGAAAAAUAUCAUGAUGGUGGGUGAUGGAAUUGGGAAGACGAUUAUCACCGGAAGCCAAAGCGUUGGAGGCGGCACCACCACCUUCAAUUCCGCCACCGUCGCUGUGAGUGGAGAUGGGUUUAUUGGACAAGGCAUAACAUUCAGAAACACCGCCGGAGCGGCAAACCAUCAGGCGGUGGCGCUGCGGUCCGGCUCCGAUCUCUCAGUGUUCUACCAAUGCAGCUUCGAGGGCUACCAAGACACACUCUACGUCUACUCCGACAGGCAAUUCUACAGAGAAUGCGACAUUUACGGCACCGUCGACUUCAUCUUCGGAAACGCCGCCGCCGUCUUCCAAAACUGCAACAUUUAUGCGCGAAACCCACCAAACAAGACCAACACCAUCACCGCCCAAGGCCGGACCGACCCAAACCAGAACACCGGAAUAUCAAUCCACAACAGCAAAGUCACGGCGGCGUCCGACCUCAAAGGCUCUCUAGGCUCCGUCAAGACCUACCUGGGACGGCCGUGGCAGCAAUAUUCCCGCACAGUCUUCAUGAAAACCUCCCUCGAUAGCUUGAUUGAUCCGGCGGGAUGGUUGCCGUGGGAUGGGAAUUUCGCGCUAAAUACAUUAUACUACGGCGAGUACUCGAACACCGGGGCGGGGGCGUCCACGGCCAACCGGGUGAAAUGGGCCGGUUAUCAUGUGAUCACCAGCGCAACGGAGGCGUCCAAGUUCACCGUCGGCAACUUCAUCGCCGGUGGCUCAUGGUUACCCGCCACAAACGUGCCAUUCACUUCUGGUCUGUAAUACCUAUUAUUAAUUAAGUUGAUAGAAGCGUGUGAUUAAG